GUGGGGAGGAAAGGGUGUAUUGGGAUUAUGGUGAGGUGCCCCCAUCUCGAUGCCCUGCUCAUCUCGGAACGAUGAUGGCCUGGUUCCUAUCAGCUUAAGGGGUAGGGGGGAUAUCUGUCGUGGAUGGUGUCACACAUCCUUCCUGACAGCCCACCCUUACUCACAGAGGGAGAUGACUGGUGCCGAUACUGGGAUCGAUUCUCGGUGUGGUGCGGACUAACGAAUCAGUAUGUCUCUGACUGUAUUCCAUACCGAGGCUUGGAGGCGGCGCACGGACCAGCGAACUCGCCUUUCAUUCGAGGACAGCGACCUCUGUGCAGGCGACUCCAAAGCAAGCAGCUCCUGGGCACACUAUGUUGUGUUGUGUUCAUGCUCCACCACAAUUUGCGGUUGCGACUCGCCCGAUUGUGCCGAUGCUUACUUGGACAUGGAAGUCCGUGAAGGCUUCUCGGAGCUGUCAGCCAAGGCGCUAGGCGUGAUACGCAGCGUGAAGCUCCCGCACCCCAAGGGCGUCUUGUUGGAGUGCUUCGUCACCGAAGCUGCUGACUGCGAUCGGGCUGCCCAACAUCUGCUGGACCGAAUCCCUGCCGAAGGCACCAAAGGCGACGUUGCCGCUUGUCUUGACGCUUUCUGCUCCGAUUGGGUCAGGCUGGUUUCCUACUUUGUGCACGAUGGUCCGGGCCGGCCGUUGCGUGACCGCCGCUAUGUGCCUGUAAUCACGCGACGUGAAGGCGGCAUCUGCCGCCUUUCGGGUCUAGGCGACUCGUGGCGGGAUCGCCUUGCUGUGUAUCCUAUCCUGCCCGUCUUUGAGAACCACCAAGUUAAACUCGACCCGGUAGGUAGGCCUGCAACCAGGACUGGUCGACACUUCUUGGGAUUCUGAGGUGGCUAAUAUUUGGCUCUCUUG